GGGCUGCACUACGAGCUGACGGAGGGAGAUGUCAUCUGCGUGUUCUCGCAGUACGGGGAGGUCGUCAACAUUAACCUGGUGCGGGAUAAGAAGACUGGGAAGUCCAAAGGCUUUUGCUUUCUGUGCUAUGAGGACCAGAGGAGCACCAUCCUCGCCGUCGACAACUUCAAUGGGAUCAAGAUCAAAGGAAGGACGAUUCGAGUGGACCAUGUGGCCAACUAUCGGCCCCCCAAAGACUCUGAUGACUUAGACGAUGUCACAAAAGCCCUCCACGCGAAGGGUUGUGGAGUUAAAACGCCGCCUCAUACGUCAUCCGAUUCCCUGUCGGAAGAUGACGAUGUGCCUGUAAAAAAGCAAAAAGAUCAGGAGAAAAGCAGGCAGGAGCGGCAAAAGCAGAGCUCGCAGGCUGCGAAGAGGGCGGUGUCGGCGGAGGAGGCGCAGCCCAGGAUCAAGAUUAAGAAGGAGAAGGAGGACCCCGGCUACGAGCGCUGCGCCGGCGGGAGCCAGCAGCCCUGGAAGGGCUCUGAGAGGAAGCCCGGGAGCAGGGCGCAGCGAGAAGAGGAGGAGCGGAGGCACCAGCGGCCUUCGGAGAGAAGAGGGGAAAAGAGCUGCCCGGAGCAGAGGGGACCAAGCGGUUGGAGGGAGGAGGCCGGCAGGGGCGACGGGCACGGCAGCCGGCGGGACGAGGGGCCCGAGGGGGGGAGAGGCUCUCCCUGCCCGGACCGGGACGCGGGCUUUGUUGCCUCCUUCGGCCCUUCCUCAGCCUUGGGCUCGCAGGCGGGCCGGCACGCUGCCGCAGGCGGAGGGUCGCCGGGCGCGGCAGGACGCUCUCCAGGACGCUCUCCUUCCCAAAAUUGCCCGGUCCCGUCCGUCCGGGGGCGUGUCCCCCUCUCGCACCGCGGGGACGGACCGGCGGGAUCCCGGGAGGCGCCCGGGGCGGGUUUCCGCCGUUUGUCGUGUUUUAAAUGGCUCUUAAUAAAAGCCGCCUCUUGA